CCUCUGCGCGAGCCGUGUGGAAAGACAGAAGGACGGACAGAAGCUCCAAUUUAGUCAGUGUCCGUAUCUACUCAGACACAUAUCUCUCUACGUCGUGUCCGAAGCUGAGAUCCGGGAGCCGCAACGGAAAGAAAAGAAACUUGUUUGGUCGAGUGCGUGUGGGGUUUUCACCGGAGGAGUAAAAAAAAGACAUCUCAGGUGCACGUUGUUAGUUAGCUUAUUUCUACUGGGGUAUUAUUACUUCACACCCUAUCUCACGGAAGAUAACAGCGUAUAACUGAGAGUCGGAGAGGAAACCGAAUUGUACGUUUGUUUUUUUACGGCAGAAGAUGGCAUUGACUGACUCAUGGCUCCAACAACAGCCAUCCCAAAAGGAUGCAGCCGACCAGAACUUUGACUACAUGUUUAAGCUCCUGAUCAUCGGUAACAGCAGUGUUGGAAAAACCUCCUUUCUAUUUCGUUAUGCAGAUGACUCCUUUACCUCGGCCUUCGUCAGCACUGUGGGCAUAGACUUUAAAGUCAAGACCGUCUUUCGCAACGACAAGAGGAUCAAGUUGCAGAUUUGGGACACAGCAGGACAGGAGCGCUACCGUACCAUCACUACAGCUUACUACAGAGGAGCCAUGGGCUUCCUGCUCAUGUACGACAUCACCAACCAGGACUCCUUCACUGCUGUUCAGGACUGGGCAACGCAGAUUAAAACCUACUCAUGGGACAAUGCUCAGGUGAUCCUGGUUGGUAAUAAGUGUGACCUGGAGGACGACAGGCUUGUACCCACAGAGGAUGGCCAGCGGCUAGCAGAGGAACUAGGUUUCCAGUUCUUUGAGGCCAGUGCGAAGGACAACAUCAACGUGAAGCAGGUGUUUGAGCGUCUGGUGGACGUCAUCUGCGAGAAGAUGAACGAGAGCAUGGAGGGAGACAUGAACCUCAUGACUAACCACAGGAAUCAGGGCAUUAAAGACUCACCUUCAGAGAGCCAAGGGGGCUGCGCCUGCUAAGCCAUAUGCUUCUUCUCCAGUCCAGGAGUAUAAAUGCAAAUACACAUGCACAUGCACUGAUACUGAUACUGAUACUGAUACAUAAGGACCAAAUCCUUCUCUGUGCCUCAGCCAUGGCCAGUGCUACACCUCUUCCUGUCUCUUCUGUCCAGCGCUAACCAAAGGCCAGGUUAUUAACAGCUAAUCUACAUCAGCACUGUCAGGCCACUCUAUCUUUGUUUCCAUUAUGGUAUAGAAGCCCACUUAGUCUCUGCUGCCUCAGCCCAUCAUCUCUGUUGUGAGCUUAUAGUUGUCCACUAGGGCCCCAUGCAGUGUCCACCACUGACACCUCAGCAGCAUUUUAUGCUUGUCCUACACCUUUGAGUUGCAUAUCUCUUACUAUGCAUGUUGGGAUUGGGGUGUUGAUGUUGGGAUUCAUAAAUUGUCUGUAAGUUUACAUUCACACUGCCAACCUUAGUCCUCAAUUCAGGUUUACUGCUCAGAUCUGAUUUUGUUGGCUGUUCCAUAGACUGUAAAAGAAGUGACGUCAGCAUCCGUAUUAAGGUAAUAAUUUAAAGAUGGACCACCAGAAUACUAUAUAGACAGUCCAAAUAAAAUUUGGAUUUUAGUUCCAAAUUUUAGUUCUAUUUUAGUUCUACAGACCUUUGUAGAGCCACUCUCUAGUGGCCAUCAGUGGUAUUGCAUUUAUUUAUUUUUUGAACACAGGUAAUAUCAGUCCAGUGUCUUUUUUUUUCUGAACCACACUUUCAGAACCUCCCCUUCAUUAAAAGUACUAGUAUCACAUGGAAAAUACUCCACUAAAAUUAGAAGUUGUGAAUUCAAAGCUUUAUAUUUAACUGAAUAAAAAUAAUAUGCAAGUAUUAUCAAGUAGUUAUUAUUAGACUGGUGUCUGUCACCGUUAUGGGGGAUUUAGGAAGAUUUAAAUGUAGAAAAGUAAUCUAAUGGUCAUAAUGUUCACACAAAACUGAGAACCAUUGCAUGAUCUUAGAAUAAGCUGGUUAUUACAUGUAGAGGGAGCGGGUCACUCAUGAUGUGCUGAUGUUCCUACAGUAGCUCAGAAUGCUCUUCCUUUUGCCAUUUUUUUAUCAUUGUAUAGGUGGUAUCCAACAUUAGGAUUCGUUUUUGCCUCCUACUGUGUUUGUAGAGUUAAUAUCUUCAUAGUCUCUUGGCUUUAACAAGGGGCUUCUAUGAUUUUGAGGGUGGGGGUUAUCCUUUUGGAGCUACACUGCUUGUUGCCACUAAAUAUCACACACUGACUUUUUAAUUUCUAUUUUUCAUUUUACAGCUGCACAUAUGCACAGUUGAACUCAUUUCACCCACUUCAUUGUAUGUGACUGACCCCUCCAGUGCAGAGAUGAGCUGAAUCUCAACCCAGAAUGACGUGGAAGUUACAUGAAAUUUUCAGAUGUCAGAGCUUUAUAUGUAGAUAUGAAAGUAGGCGUAAUAAGAAUUGUAAAGGUCAGAUUCCGUGUGACCUUUUCAGUUCACUUCCAUGAAAAAAA